AAUGAUAUUAGAGAUUGCUUAGCGCGCAAAAUAAAUUGACAGCGCAGGCUAACUGUUAUUUCUAUUCAUCGGAGAUUUCGUAAACCAAAAUUAUAUUCUGGUCUUCUCGAUUGAAUUACUCCUUCGAUAGAUUUGUAGGCAUCUAUUUUGUGAUUCUGUUGGCUCCACUUCGAAUUGUAAUGGUUCAUCGUCCGCAAACUCCCGUAACGUGCACAUGAGUAAUAACCUUGGACUUAAAGUCGAACAAGUUCGUUGGUUUUAUCGCGACUCCAACAACAAACGUUGGGUACCGUUUAGUGGUUACGAUUCUAUCAAUUUGGAGUUGAAUUAUCGAAGCCGCCUUGUCUGUAAUAAAAGUGACUGUCUGUUUGAUCAAACUGUAGCUGCAAUAUGCAACUCAGAACAGUCUUCCGUCAAUCACAAAGUAUGUGUAAGGGGUGGACUUUAUGAAGCAGAUAUUGAUAGGCGAUGUUGUGUUCCUACUUACUGGCCGGUUGAAAGGUGUCCCGCACGUAUUUUGCGCGGCACUUGGUUUCGCGAAGGUUAUGGUGGUACCCUUGAACCUUUUGAUGAUGAGUCAAUGGCUGAACGUUUAGAAGCGGAGUACAUCACUUGGUACUUAAGAAAACCUCAGAAUAUCGCUAUCUCGGAUAAACCUUUGUACUCAAAUAGCAGUUUGUUCACUAGAAUAGAUGUCAGCACACCACUUCAUUCUGUUGUUAGCGCUCCAACUCUUCGGUAUGCAGAUGCUAUAAAAACAAGCGAAUUGGUUGCCGAAAAUUCUCAGUCCUCUCGUUCUGAAAAUAAAGAUUUAACAAUUGGAGUAGAAAACUAUUCAGAUGAUAACGUCUGUGGUUCCACUGUGUUGAAAAAACGAGUUCCUUGCCAAACGAUUCACUUCACUGAUUGUCAUGUCGAUUGUUAUGGAGAAAAUGAGUUGUAUUUGUAUUAUGAAUCCACUAGCUUAUAUAUCAGACAAAAACUGGGAAUGCAGAAAGUCGGUACUCGUUUGUGUCGUGGUUUUAAUGAUUUGGCCCUAAAGGAGGAUAAAAUCGCCGAUGUUUCUCACCUUUGUUUUGUUAUCCAUGGGAUCGGUCAAAAAAUGGGUACCAACCUUAUUCUGAACAAUUGCAAUGAGCUUCGUGAUACUUGUGACAAAAUAAAAACUCGUUACUUUUCACAUUUGGAUAAAGAAAAUAAACGUGUGGAAUUUUUACCUGUUGAAUGGCGAACUGUUUUGCAGUUAGACGGUAAUACAGUUGAAUCAAUCACUCCUGUUCAUCUUCGAGGACUUCGUACAGUUCUGAAUUGUUCUGCUAUGGAUAUUAUGUAUUAUACUAGUCCUUUGUAUCGAGCUGAAAUUAUUUGCAGUUUAAAAAGUGAACUCAAUAGAUUAUAUGAUAUGUUUCGUCGGUUGAAUCCUGAUUUUGAAUCUCGAGGUGGAAAAGUUUCAAUAAUUGCUCAUUCUCUUGGAUGUGUCCUAGUUUACGAUCUAAUUACUGGCUGGAAUCAAGUCCAUGAUAAUGAUCCAUUAACUGAAAUCUUAUUAAAUAAAUCAACUGAUAAAAAUAUAUUUUUCCAUUCAGCUUCCACAAAAUUGUCAAAUAUUACGGAUAAGACUUUACCAAACAAUAACUUGAAUGUGCUAUAUCCUGAUCACAGACUGUCGUCUAAUGGAAACUUGGAACAAAUUGCUCGUGUUAAUAUUCGGUUGGAAACUGCAAGGACAUUGGUGAAUAAUUUAGAACAGGAAUUAAGCAGCUUGCUAUUUACUCGUGACAAUCACAUGAAUUGUGAUUCUCAGAAGUCAAAUGUUAGUAAUAAUCAUCAAGACGACCAGUCAGUAUAUAGUAAACCUUCAGUAUGUCACCCAAACUCUUCAUUACAUCAACAAAAUCCUUUAUUGUUUGCGGAUAAUCUAGAAAACCUUUUCUGCUUGGGCUCACCUUUGGGCGUGUACUUGGUUUUGCGUGGUAUCCGCCCUGGUCCUUUUCAAACUCAAGACUCAAUACUUCCUCGAAAAAUUUGUCCCCGGAUUUUUAACAUUUACCACCCAGCAGAUCCUGUAGCUUAUCGUUUAGAACCAUUAAUUUUAAAAUAUUAUUCCACUAUCCAGCCAGCUCUGAUUCAUCGAGUUGAUGCUGUUUCAAAACCAUGCUAUGACACACUUCCUUUGCUUGAAUAUUCUGGUAAAGAAUUCAAAUAUCCAAAACCACAAAAUUGUCAUCAACAAGUAACGAAAAACCCUUGCUCAGAUACAAAUCAACUUAUAACCACACAAGAUGCAGAUUCCUCUAGACGUUCAUCAAUUGCUAGUCGAUUAUUUGGUUUCUUCUCACGAGCACCAUAUUUACCUGGUGGAAGUCAAGAAACAGGAGGAAUCGAUCUUACUCUUUCCGAAAAAUUAUCUAACCAUGACAAUGAUGAGAAAAUUAAUUCUAUAGAGAAAUGUUCUGAAUUUUGUAAUUCUACAAAUAAAAAAGAUCAAAAAACAACAAAUUCAUUUACUUCAUCAUUAUCAUCUAAUGAUUUAUUUGAAAAUGAUUUAUGUUGUUAUGAACCGUUACAACUUGAAUGUCGAUUAGAUUUUGAAUUACAAAUAUCACGUUAUGAAAAUAUGUACCUUUCUCUAUUGACUUCACAUACUAGCUAUUGGACUAAUCCAGAUAUUUGUAUGUUUAUCAUGACAUAUUUAUUUCCAUUAAAACCCGGUUCAACAGAUUAAAAUAAUCAUAAUACCAUUUGUGUUUAUCUCCAAAAGUAUUGGUUUAUUCUGUUUUUUUUCUUUUUCUUUUUCUUUUUAAAAAAAUUUUUUUUAUUUACUUUUUGUUGGUAAAUAUUUCUACCGUAAGAUGUUGUUAUGCUUUAUUUUAUUUAGAUGUUCAACUUUGUCAUACUACUAUCUUCUUGUUAAAUAGAUUAAAAGAUUAUCAACCACUUACUUACAUCAUUUAAUAAGUUAAAACAUUAUUAUUUUAUAUUUCCAUUAUCAUCAAUCCACUUAUUUAAUCAAUAAAAUUUAUUAGAAACUAAGUAAGAAAAACAACUGAAUUCUUUACAUACAGCAUUACACAUUCUGUAUAUUUGUGUAUUCCAUUUAUGGAUGGAUGAUUAGUCUAGAUCAUUAAUUCUAUCCUUAAGUCUUUCAACAAUUAUGUACUUUAAAUGUUUGUUAUUAUUGUCAAUGUUAUUGUAUUCACCAUCUCUAUAGAGUUCUGAUAAUUUGAUCAUUGUCACUACAAAAAAGUAUCAUAUAUUGUAAAUUAAUUUUUCCUAACAUACUAUAUGUAUUCAUUCAUUUAUCAGACGUUUAUUUUCUCUUUCUCUCUCUCUUUGCAUUAUCACUUUUUUUCCAUCAAUAUUUCAAUAAUUUUACUUGAUAUAAUUGAAGCUUUUCAAUAUUUUUAUCAUUAUUCCAAAUAAUACUCAUUUAUUAUUGUAUAUAAAUGUAGAAUGCAGUGGAAAUGUUAGGUUGAGAUCAUGUCUUUUGUUGUUAAACAGUCGUUGUGGUUUAAUUUUAAUGUAUAUAAUUUCGUUAUAAGAGUACAACCAGAUAUUUGAGUGAGGAAACCAAACACAAAUAGAAAGCUUUUAGUGACUAGUCCGAAUGGAAAUUAUACAUACGCCUAUUCAUUGAUAUGGAAAUUUGAGUCAAACUUUUAGUCGAUAGCGUAUAUCUAUCAACCUCGAAUAAUUCAACUAAAUCUUAACCAAUGGUAUGCACACAUUAACAGCUCUCAUCAUUUGAUCAUGAACUGAUAUGUCUGACCGACUCAACCUAUCACAUUUCCUCUUUGAAAAAUAUGUCUGGCUUUAUAGAUCCAACUACAUGAAUAAAAGUGGGGGCACAUCAAACCUUAACUUUUUCGAUGUUCAUUAGGUGUAUCACAACCAGCACUUUCAGCUAUUUUUCCAUUCAUUUUAGUAUGCGAGCGACAGUUAUUAGCAUGUGAUUUUCAUUUUGUGUUUCUCAUCUGGGAUUUUUACCCGGAAUAUACCGACAUAUUGAUAUUAGGAUAGUUGCAGAUAACUUCAAAUUUCCUCAACUGUUACCAAUAUUAAUCAUACAUUACUAAAGUUGGAAUUUUGGAAUUCCAAUUUUCCUCUGGAUUAUCGUAACGAGUUAUAUAAUCAGUUCAAGACAAUAUACUUUCAUGUCAUUGACGGAACUUAUUUGAACAUUUCAAGGUCUUUGACUCAACAUGCAAUCUUUGAUAGUUAUUUUAUUGAAGAAUGAAAUUUAUCUUCUAAAAUAACUUUAAAUAUGCCGCUAUGUAACUACCACUUUUGAUCACUUGAUCCGUCGAUACAAGGAUUACAAUUAUUUUAGAAUUUUCUUACAACAUUGAGAUGAUUUUUUUGGAAUUGAAAUAGUUCUGGUAUCCUAACACCAAGUAUGUAUAACAGCUCAUACAAACUC